UUAAUGUACCAACGAAACUGAGAAACACUGAGCAGAUACGCGAACAACCUGAGUGAAGAAGACCAACAACGACCUUCAAAACCCCUUAAAAUCAGAACAUGGACGCUCAUCGACUCUGGCAGCUUCCUCUCGUGUCCACCUGGAUAUUUGUCUGUUUCUUCCCUUCUGUGUGCUCAGGAGUGGAAACACCAAAAAUAGACCUGGAGAGCACAGUCUUUGUGGCCUUCGCAGGCGAUGAGCUCAACAUCGAAUGCGAGUUGAAGAUGCCAGCAAACCAAAGCAGCGACAUCUUGACGUGCUUCGAUCCUUUCCACAUGCAGGUAUACAACUGUGUCAUCCCUGCGACGGCGGGCUUCCCCGAGAGCUUUAAACGGAGGCUGGAGCUGAAAAACCUGAGGAGAUCAGGAGAAUACUCCUGCCGAUACAAAACGGCCAAGGUGUACUGGUUUCUACGAGUGAGAGAGGAUGGCUUCAAGGAGAUAUGGGAUUACACAGAAUGCAUCAUAGUUGCCAUCCUCACAGGGGUGCUGCUGGUUUUCAGUGUGGCCGGCUCAGUGUAUGUCUUCGGAGGACACUGGAAAGAGUGCAUCACUGAAUGUGGCGACACCAGCAGAAAACGAAAGCAGAACAGAGAAGAAAGGAAAGAGAACGAGACAGAGGAAGACAACGUGGAUGUAAUAACAGCUCGGUCUACGUCUUUCUAUGCUAGUCUAGAGCAUCGGCCCAGCUCCAUUUAUGAUGUGCUGGACCGCUCAGCUACCAACACCGUGCCAGACCAAAGCAAAGCUAAACCCAAGAAAAAGACAAAACAAAAUACGAUGCCGCAAACCACACAACCCCAGCAAGAAGACAUAUUUGAGUGUGUCUAUGAGAAUUUUUGAAUCAUGAAUAAACAUGUUGCAAAAGAUUGUGAUAUUUAUAUCAGUAGCUGAGAUUAUCUCAGUUUGCUUUGCUGUCUUUGUCACCUGCUACCAAUGUAGAAAUACUCCAUUACAUGAAACUGUCUAAGUAAAAAUUCCAAAGCAUCAACAGCAAAUACUUCUCACUUUGCAGGAAAAAGGGCACCUUUCAGUGUUACAUUAUUUAUAUUUAUAUUAUUGCAUUAACAAGUAACUAGCAUUUUAAUGUUGUCACUGAUUGCAGUGGAGCUAAUUUUAACUAUUUUAUUUACUGUUGGGAGGUUUCAGUUACAGUAUAACAAUACAUUAUAGGUUUUUAAAAUGUGAAGCUGCAAUUACUAGUAACCCAAUAUCUGUCAAAUA